AUGGGCGACGCAUUCCUCGGUCAAAGCGCGCGUUCUCGCCGUCUCGCUCGCCAGCUGCGGCCUUCUUCCUCGGCCGAUGCGGUCGUGAGAUGGAGUUGCCGGCCAGAAGGAGAUAUACGCCGUAAGCGUGGGCACGGCGAGCCCCAGCAGCUAGCCGAUGAGCGGGAGAAUUUUCCACCCAAGAGCCGUCAACGCCGUCGGACAGCGAAGCCAGCAGAGUCCAGCACAGCACCCGGUACCAAUGAAGGGUCUCUCAUGGCUUCGUCGACGAGACCAGCUGCGGACAUGGAUCCCUCCCGCCCAAAGUCUCACCGGCCGUUCCACGAAGAUGUCCAGCGGCUGCACGAAGCAAUGUUACAUCCGGGGUCCGUGAAAAUCAAUGUAAAAGGUGCGUUCAUUGUCGACGAGCAGCCUGCCGCCCAGAAUGGCCCGAAUGGCGCUCCGUUCGAUGGCCCUGACGGCAUUCACUACGAGCACAAGGAUAUCCGGCUGCCCCAUCAUACCGAUGUCGUCAGCCAUGUCGCCGUCGAUAUCGGAGGAUCCCUUGCGAAGCUCGUGUAUUUUUCCCCCGAGCUCGGCUCGUCCGCCGACGGUGGAAGACUCAACUUCCUAAACUUCGAGACGGAGCGCAUUGAUUUAUGCAUCGCGUUUUUAAAACAACUGAAAGAAAAUCACAAGAAGCUCAAUGGCUCCGCGCCUGGCCCUCUUUGUAUCAUGGCCACCGGAGGCGGCGCAUACAAGUACUACGACCACUUGAAAGAGGAACUCGGUGUGGAUAUUACUAGAGAAGAUGAAAUGGAAUGCCUAAUAAUUGGCCUGGACUUUUUUAUAACAGAAAUCCCGAACGAGGUAUUUACUUAUAACGACACAUCGCCCAUGGAAUUUGUCGAAGCCAAAGCAGACGUAUAUCCGUACCUCCUCGUGAAUAUUGGGUCCGGAGUAUCAAUGGUUAAAGUCUCCGCGCCCAGGCGGUUUGAGCGAGUUGGAGGAACAUCACUUGGUGGUGGUACUUUCUGGGGCCUGAUGUCUCUUUUGACGGGCGCCCGGACUUUUGAUGAAAUGCUAGCUAUGGCUGAGAGAGGAGACAAUAGCGGCGUAGACAUGCUGGUUGGUGAUAUAUACGGAACAGACUAUUCUAAAAUCGGCUUAAAGGCUUCUACUAUUGCUAGUACCUUUGGGAAAGUGUUCAAAAUGAAGCGUCUUGCGGAACGAAGUGCCGAAGAUGGUGAAGGGCUUUGUCAAAGCGAUUCGGAGUCGGAACGAGAUAUCACACAAUUUCGCCGCGAGGAUAUCAGUCGGAGUCUACUUUUCGCCAUUAGUAACAAUAUUGGACAGAUUGCCUAUCUGCAAUCAGAAAAACACCAGAUCAAACACAUCUAUUUUGGAGGCUCAUUCAUUCGAGGACAUCGCCAGACUAUGAAUACACUGUCGUAUGCUAUCCGGUUUUGGUCCAAGGGAGAGAAACAAGCUUAUUUCCUUCGACAUGAGGGAUAUCUUGGUGCUGUUGGCGCGUUUCUAAAGCGGCAACCCCAGGAUUGGGGCCGACGACGGAGCAUAGAGAAUGCUGUCGCUGCACGAUUCGCAUCGUACCGAGAUGAGUUGCGAAAUACGGCAAAGGAGGCUGAACUACCACCCACCUGA